AUGUCAAAGAAGGGUGCUGCCGUUCGAGCUAAGGGAGACAAGCCUGAUGCCUUAGCUGCUUUGCAAGCUGCCAAUGAAGAGCUCAGGGCCAAACUGACUGACAUUCAAAUUGAACUUCAACAAGAAAAGAGUAAGGUUGCCAAGUUGGAACGAGAAAAAAAUCAAGAAGGAAAGCUGAUCAGGGAGCAGGAGCAGCAUAAGCACACUGUGGUAGUAACUGAACUCAAAGCCAAGCUGCACGAAGAAAAAAUGAAAGAACUCCAGACUGUGCGAGAGAGUCUGUUACGGCAGCAUGAAGGUGAGCUUCUCCGAAUCAUCAAAAUAAAAGACAAUGAGAACCAGAGACUUCAGGCACUUGUUAACGCCUUGCGUGAUGGAGCUGCUGACAAAGUUAAAACAAUGCUUUAUAAUGAAGCUAAAGAAGAGGCCAAGAAAGUAUUUGAGGUUGAGAAAAUCAAACUGCAACAAGAAAUCUCUGAUUUGAAGGGAGCUAAAAAACAUGUGGAGGAAGCAUUAAGUCAGGCUGUUCAUGCUGACAAGAUGAAGGCUGCAGAGAUAAGAAGUGUGUACCACCUCCAUCAAGAGGAAAUCUCCAGGAUAAAAAGAGACUGUGAAAGGGAGAUUCGUCGGCUGAUGGAUGAGAUAAAAUUUAAAGACAGAGCAGUCUACGUGCUGGAAAAAGAGCUGGGGGCUCAGGCUGGGCAUGCUCAGAGACUCCAGCUUCAAAAAGAGGCUUUAGAUGAACAACUUACCCAGGUCAAAGAGGCUGAAGCAUGGGAAAAACGACAUCUGAGUAGCCCGAAAAGGGAACUUCCUUGCGCAUGUGGUGCAGGAGACGCCUCAGAUCAUUCAGGAUUCCCUCAGCUGGACGAAAGGGAUACUCGGCGAUUCCAACUUAAAAUUGCUGAAUUAAGUGCAAUCAUCAGAAAACUAGAAGACCGAAAUGCUCUGCUGUCUGAAGAAAGAAAUGAACUUCUCAAGCGUUUACGUGAAGCAGAAAGUCAGUACAAACCUCUCCUAGACAAAAAGAGACGCCUUAGUAGGAAAAAUGAAGAAAUGAGCCAUGCCCUACGCCGUAUGGAAAAUAAACUCAAAUUUCUCACACAGGAAAAUCUAAGAAUGAAGGAAAAGGUGGGGACUAUACGCCGACCAAGCUCCUUAAAUGAUCUAGAUCAGAGUUAUGAAGAAAAAGAAAAUGAACUUCUUCGAAUGCAAGUUAUUGAACAGCAAAAUAUCAUUGAUGAUCUCAGUAAGGCAUUGGAGACAGCCGGUUAUGUCAAGAGUGUCAUAGAUCGGGAUAAGCUUCUACAUUACAGAAAACAGAGGAAGAAAGUUACAAAAUCAAGCAAGAAGCCAGUUGUGGAGACCUUUUUUGGAUACGAUGAUGAAGCCUCACUGGAUUCUGAUGGUUCAUCCAUUUCCUACCAAACUGAUAAGACGGAUCGAACCCCUUGUACUCCUGAAGAUGAUCUUGAUGAGGGAAUGGCAAAAGAGGAGACUGAACUACGCUUUCGUCAGCUGACCAUGGAAUAUCAGGCUUUGCAAAGGGCAUAUGCUUUGUUACAGGAGCAAGUUGGUGGAACCUUGGAUGCUGAACGAGAAGUUAAGACUCGUGAACAAUUACAGGUAGAAAACCACAGAUAUCAAACUAAAAUUGAAGAUCUGGAAAAGGCUCUUGCACAACAGGGGCAGGACAUGAAAUGGAUCGAGGAGAAACAAGCACUUUAUCGCUGGAACCAAGAACUACUUGAAAAGAUUCGGCAAAUGGAGUUUGAGGAAAACCGCCUUAGACAUGAUGUGCAGGAUGUGAAAGAUCAAAAUGAGCUUUUAGAGUUUCGUAUCCUAGAACUUGAAGAACGUGAACGACGAUCACCUGCCAUUAAUUUUCAUCAUAUCCCAUUUCCAGAGGAAAUGAGUCCUCUCCAAGUCUACUGUGAGGCAGAAGGAGUACAAGACAUCACAAUAGCAGACCUCAUGAAACAGUUGGAUAUUUUAGGAGAUAACGCCAACUUGACCAAUGAGGAACAAGUGGUUGUGAUUCAGGCCCGAACAGUUUUGACAUUGGCAGAAAAGAGGUUGUUUGAUUUUUCACUCAACUUCCAGUGGUUGCGACAGAUUGAGGUGACAGAGUCUGCACUACAGCAGAAGAUGAAUGACAUUGAAAAUGAAAAGGAGCUCUUCAGUAAACAGAAGGGCUACCUGGAUGAAGAACUGGACUACAGGAAACAGGCCAUGGAUCAAGCUCAUAAGCGGAUUCUGGAGCUGGAAGCCAUGUUAUAUGAUGCUCUGCAGCAAGAAGCUGGUGCCAAGAUGACUGAGCUUUUGUCUGAAGAAGAACAAGAGAAGCUGAAGGGGGCAGUGGAGCAAUGGAAGCGGCAGGUCAUGAGUGAGCUCCGGGAACGCGAUGCACAAAUACUGAGGGAGCGAAUGGAACUUGUCCACCAUGCCCAACAGAAAAUAAAAGAGCUAGAAGAAAGAAUUGAGGCACAAAAAAGAUUGAUAAAAGAGAUGGAAGAAAAGUUUUUGUUUUUGUUUUUAUUUUUUUCUUUAGCUUUCAUUCUUUGGUCGUAA